AAACGAAAUGCUCUGAAACCGUCGUUUUUCUAUACAGAGUCCGCUGUGCACACCACCACAAGCCACCGCCGCUACUUCCCCAAUCUAUCGCACACCAGUUCCUCCCCGAGUCUCUCAUUCGUCACACUCUAUACCUCUCAAAGAUCUCUCAAUCUCGGGUUCUAAGGCUUCUCGGAAUAUGUAACAAGCACAGUGUGAUGGGUUUGAUUUAGGACCAUGACGAAGUGCUUUAUGAAUGCCAAAAAGUGAUUUCAGCAGCUUAUGGUUCUGUUGUUAAUUUAGCUAGGCCAUCACAUUAACCGAAGCCCAAAUAUGCAAAUAGCUUCACAUUGUUACUCAGCUUUUUACCUUUCAAACAGAAGUUGCGUAAAACACAACAGGUGUAUGAAGAUUAAUGUCCCAAAUACAGGUUCACUGCAAUUAAAUGCAAGAGUUUCAUCUUGUAAAUUUCAAGGACCUGCUCGAGAAACUAGAUUGUUUGCAGUUCCCAACACAGAUGAUGGUCAUUUGACUAGUGCAAUAGUGGAAGAAGAUACAAUUCUGAGCAAAGAGCAAGGUUUGGAAACAAAUUCAUUCUUAAGUAAUUGGUCGCCUCCACAGUACCUUUGGAGGGGAUUAUCAGUUCUUGUGUUGGCGGGCCAAGUAAUCACUAGGAUAUUAAAAGGGAAAGUGCACUGGAGAAACACUCUUCAACAGCUCGAGAGAGUUGGUCCACGUUCAAUUGGGGUCUGUCUUUUGACUGCAGCUUUUGUUGGUAUGGCAUUUACUAUCCAAUUUGUUAGAGAAUUUACUAGAUUGGGUUUGAAUAGAUCUGUUGGUGGCGUCUUGGCUCUGGCAUUUUCUAGGGAGCUUAGUCCUGUAGUGACAUCAAUUGUGGUUGCUGGGAGAAUUGGAAGUGCAUUUGCAGCAGAAUUGGGGACAAUGCAGGUCUCUGAGCAAACUGACACACUGAGAGUUCUUGGUUCCGACCCUGUUGAUUACUUGGUCACCCCCAGAGUAAUUGCUUCCUGUGUUGCACUACCAUUUUUGACAUUGAUGUGUUUCACUCUGGGGAUGGCAUCAAGUGCCCUACUUUCCGAUGGUGUUUAUGGAAUCAGCAUUAACAUUAUCUUGGAUUCAGCCCAGAGAGCUCUAAGGUCAUGGGAUAUAGUCAGUGCAAUGAUCAAAUCACAAGUUUUUGGUGCCAUUAUAUCUAUUGUGAGCUGUGCCUGGGGUGUCACCACUUCGGGAGGCGCAAAAGGUGUUGGGGAGUCGACAACUUCAGCUGUUGUUAUCUCCCUCGUUGGUAUCUUUAUUGCUGACUUUGCUCUCUCUUAUAUCUUCUUCCAAGGAGCUGGAGAUUCCUUAAAGAAUUGUGUUUGAUGAAUUCUAUCCUACCAGUCAGUUUGUGAUGUUUAAUUACAAUCUUUCUUAUUGGUUUUAAAGGUAGCAGCACUUAAAAGAGUUUGAGUAAUAUAGCCUUCUGCAUAUAAAUUUGAAAUUUGCCUCAAUUUUAGGGGGUAGGGCAAGGCAGGUGGAUGGAGUGAUUCAGAAUUAUAGCUGUAGUAUUAGUAUAAACUCACUUUAUGUAUAAAAAUACAGGGGUUCAUUAUGGAAUUGUUCUAUGCAAAAGUUUAGAUUUCAGUUUUUUU